CUAUAUUAGAGCAUGGGAAAGCUAUAGGUUAUUCUGCUCAUUUGGAGCUCCAUAGUGAUUUUCUCUUCUGAAGAGCUUACUGUUUAAUUCAACACUGUCUGCUUACAAGCAGAACAGCAAAAACAAAAAAAGCCUGCCAAUUCCUCUAUACUGUGCAGGUCAGGGUGUCAUGGAUCUUAGGAGAGUGAAAAAACUUCAGGCCCUGGUGCAUUUAUACAGACAGGAUCCAGCCUUCGUGAGGGCUAAGCAGCUAAGUUUACUGUGGAACAAUGUGAAAAUCAUAGGAGAUGCCAUAUCACUUCUUCAAAGCAAUACCUCUGUAAAGAAGACAGCUGAGAAGGUGGAGGAAUCACUAGAGGCAGCUGAGAGUAAAGAGAGUGAUUUGGAAAUUGAGGAUGAAGGUGUUAUUGAACCAGAUCUGGAUGAUCCCCAAGAAAUGGGAGAUGAAUAUUUGGAAAUAACAAAUGAGAUGAUAGACCAGGUCAAUGAAAAGAGGGAACAUGCCUUUGCUGCCCUGGAUGAAGGUGAACUUCAGAAAGCUAUUGACUUGUUUACAGAUGCUAUCAGGCUGAAUCCUCAGUUCACCCUCUUGUACGUUAACUGAGCCAGUGUCUUUGUGAAACUACAGAAGCCGAAUGCUGCCAUUAGAGCCUGUGACAGAGCCUGUGAGCUUAACCCCAAUUCAGCACAGUCGUACAAAUGGAGAGGGCAAGCACACAUGCUCCUGGAGCACUGGGAGGAGGCAGCCAAGGACUUUACCUUGGCAUGUCAAUUGGAUUACAAUGAAGACACUAAUGCCAUGUUAAAGAAGGUGCAACCAAGGGCUGGAAAGAUUGCUGCACAUCAAGAGGAGCAGUAUGAACAAAGAUGUGAGUUAAGAGAGAUCCAGGAAAGGCUGGAGAGGGUGAAAUUGGCCUUGGAAGAGGAAGAAAGGAUCCAGAGAGAGGAAAAUUUCUGGCAGGACAUGAUUAGAAAAAGUCACAGACAGCUGACAUUUUUCAUAACCUUACUAGAUCCAAGAGUUCUGAUUGCUUUCCUGGAUGUGGUCUGGAACCCAGAAAACAUUUACAAAUACCGUGACACACAAAAGUUAAUAAAGCUUACCUGCAAAACAGGACUGAAUGUGGUCUGCCAGAAAUGA